AUGGCUACGGGUAACUCACCCCGUCGGGGCGAUAAGAAGAAGGAAGAGGACGAGGAGGACGAUGGGAAAAUCGAGAUUAAGCUCCCGCCAGGGUUUGAACACUUUGUAAACCCAAAGGGAUCGAAGAAAUCAGCCUCGGCGACAUCGGCAAAGGAGAAGGACGGAAAGAAGGAGAAGGAGUCGGAGCAAAAUAAGAGGGACGAGGAAGAGGAUGAGGAGGCCGAGGAAAAGGAGACUCAAAGGAGAAGGAAGAGGAAGCAAAGCGGUGAUGGCAAAAACAAGCCCGACACGCCAAUCGAGAUAUAUACGUUCAAAAUCAACCCACAGAUGAUCUUGUUCUAUGGGAUCCCCGCAGCGUUCCUGGCCUACAACAUGUACUCUGGCAUGGCGCAGGAGCAGCAGAUCACCUUCCAGGAUUUCCGUGCAAACAUGCUCGAGAAGGGUUACGUGGACCAUCUGGAAGUCGUGAAUCACAACACCGUUCGGGUAUAUCUGCGUCCUGACGCACCUCAGCUGCGCUCGUCCCCGAAGGGCGCAAUGCCCGCCCACGUGGCUCACUACUACUUCACGAUCGGAUCCACCGAGUCCUUUGAGAACCAGCUUGAGGCCGCACAGCGCGAGCUUGGCAUCCCACCUCGCGAACGUAUUCCCGUUACUUACGCCAAUGAGGUCUCGGCUACUUCGCUGUUGAUCAACCUCGCACCCACGGUCCUUACGCUAGGUCUGUUGUUGUGGCUCUCGAGGCGGGCGAUGGGCGGUUCGAACGCCGGUCAGGGUAUAUUCGGCGUCGGAAAGUCUCGCGCAAAGUUGUUCAACCAGGAGACUGACGUGAAGGUCAAGUUCAAGGAUGUGGCUGGAAUGGACGAGGCGAAGGAGGAGAUUAUGGAGUUCGUCAAGUUCCUGAAGGAUCCCAAGCGCUACGAACGUCUCGGAGCAAAGAUUCCCAGAGGUGCCAUCUUGUCUGGCCCACCUGGAACCGGAAAGACCCUGCUUGCCAAAGCGACCGCUGGAGAGGCCGAAACUCCUUUCCUCAGUGUAUCGGGAUCCGAGUUCGUUGAGAUGUUUGUCGGUGUCGGAUCUUCCCGUGUUCGUGACCUGUUUACCAACGCCAAGAAGCAUGCUCCAUGCAUUAUCUUCAUUGAUGAGAUUGACGCCAUCGGAAAGGCCCGUGGCAAGGGAGGAUUCGCCAGCGGUGGUCAUGACGAACGUGAAUCGACUCUCAACCAGCUUUUGGUCGAGAUGGACGGUUUCGGAUCCAACGAGAACGUGGUUGUUCUCGCCGGUACGAACAGGCCAGACGUCCUGGACCCGGCUCUGUUGCGUCCUGGUCGUUUCGACAGGCACAUCAACAUCGACCGUCCCGACAUUAAGGGACGAGUCGAGAUAUUCAAAGUCCAUCUUCGCCCCAUCAAGACCAACGAGGAUAUUGAGCGGCUCGCCAAGAAGCUCGCGGCGCUGACACCCGGCUUCUCCGGAGCCGACGUGCACAACGUCUGCAAUGAAGCUGCCCUCAUCGCCGCUCGUAACCUUGCUGACUCGGUGACCGAAAAGCACUUCGAAGCCGCCAUCGAGCGAGUAGUCGCAGGUCUGGAGAAGAAGACCCGCGUCCUAUCCCCCGAAGAAAAGAACAUCGUCGCCCACCACGAAGCCGGCCACGCCGUCGCCGGUUGGUUCCUCCAACAUGCCCACCCCCUCCUCAAAGUUUCCAUCAUCCCCCGCGGCGUCGGCGCCCUCGGUUACGCCCAGUACCUCCCCAAAGAAGAUUACCUCCACUCCACCGCCCAAAUGCUCGACAUGAUGUGCAUGACCCUCGGCGGUCGCGCCUCCGAAUCCAUCUUCUUCCCUGACAUCACCACCGGCGCCUCGGACGACCUGCAGCGUGUGACCAAGAUGGCCUACGCCCAGGUGAUGACCUACGGCAUGACUGAGCGUCUCGGCAACAUCUCCUACGGAAACCCCAACGGACAGCAGGAGUCGUUCCAGAAGCCGUAUUCUGAGGAGACGGCCCGCCUGAUUGAUGAGGAAGUGAGGAGUAUCAUUGCUAAGGCGUACGAGCGCACUGUGAAGCUGUUGACGGAGAGGAAAGAUGCCGUGGAUAAGGUUGCAAAGUUGUUGCUGGAGAAGGAGGUUAUUGGACGGGAGGAUAUGAUGAGGCUGUUGGGUCCCAGGUAA